CCGAGUGUUACCCGACCCGCUAAUAAUUAUAUUAAACGUUUCAUUUUGCUGGGAAAUUAAGGUGUAAACUGAAAUACUACGCGCCACCAGAUUUUGGUGCCUUUGUGACCUUUGAAAUAGAGAAGAUGAGAUUAGUAAGUCAUUAGUCGACGGAGUAUCGUAGGAGAUUGUGUAUGAUCGCAGUGUUUCGUGCAGUUUUGUGUUCCUCAUGCCAGUUGUUCCAGAAUGAAGCUCUUCUUUCGGCUGACGUUAGCGUUUCUUCUAGCGACAACGUCGUUUGCUCAGCACAAUCCCUUGAAAGACCCAAAUGUUUGCGGAAGACCGAUUUGUAAAGGUACCGGAAAAUUCAAAUACGGUCCGGGCACUCAACAAAAUUACAAGUAUUCAGUAAACGUAAGGUCGUUCUUUAACGGCACGAGCAAGAAUGAGUCAAGCUUGCAUGUAGAAGGGACGGUGACUCUGAAUUUCCUAACACCUUGCGACGGACUCUUGACCCUAUCGGAUCUUAAAUUAAGUGAAAACCCUUCUGAGGACGGUCAGGAAACUUUACCGCACGCUAAUAGUCAAGAAUUUUCUGAUAUGAUAAGCGAAUUCUCUCUAAGAUUUGCAUUUAAUGAUGGGAUUAUCUCGGAGAUAUGUCCAAACGAAGAAGAAAAAAAUUGGGUUUUAAAUUUCAAGAGGGGCAUCUUAUCUCUGCUCCAUAAUACGAUGAAGAGGUUCGAUCUGGACCACUCCACCACUGAAGAGGACGUUAGAGGACAAUGCCCGACGCUGUAUUACGUUCAAGGAGCCAAGGAAACCAGUCUCAUUUUGCAUAAAACCAAAGAUCUAAAUGCCUGCGAGAAUCGAGCCAAACUUAACUCCAUGGUGCAAUCCGUCCCCUACAACUUCCGACCGGAAUUGCAGGAAGGGAAGAAUUUGCUGAAGUCGUCGAGUAGAUGCGAAAUGUCGAUCGAUCACAACAUCUACAACGAAAUCACAUGCGAGGAGACUCACGUUUUACAGCCAUUUUCUAAUCAGGACGCAGGUGCCACCACCAUUGUAGUGCAGAGAUUGAUUCUACAGGGUGAAAAUGUCGAAACACUGGGAGAACAAUUGGAGAUAUCGAGAAGGACUUCCUUGCUUUUCGACCACGUCCCUUCCCCUAAACGUACACACGGAGAGCUAAGAGCAUCCAGAGAUUUGAUCAAGAAAAUGUGCAAGCAGAGUACAGAUGACGUUCAAAUAGAGUUCUCGGAUUUAUUCACUAAAUUUAUUCAAACCUUGCGGCUUCUUUCCUAUCCUUCACUCUCGAUUCUGUACAGACACGCCAGCACGACCUGCCCUACGGGAAAGAAACAUAUGCUGGAUGCGUUGCCGUACGUCAACACUGCCGGCUCCGUCGGUCUCAUGACAGACAUAAUGUCGAAAGGAGGAGUUCCGGAAAAUAUAGCUAAAGAGUGGAUGAUGUCGAUAGCGUUCAUUUCGAGGCCCGACGAAAACAUGAUGAGAGCCGUGGCUGAACUACUUCAAAAAAAACCGUUCGACGUAAACGUAGCCUUCAGCGUUACGGCGUUAACACACACGUAUUGUUCGGCGCAUUCGGACUGCAUACAGAACGAAUCGGUAGGGACGAUUUUAAACCAUAUAGAAAAUCUGAUUGUGAGUGUUUACCGAUGGAAACCAUUCAAUAGAGAGUCGCAGGACAAAAUUAUAGUGGCGCUAAAGUCUUUAGGGAAUAUAGGAGUGGUGACAGAUAGCAUCAAACGUUAUUUAGUCAGUAUUAUCGAGGAUAGUCAAAUUGAUGCAGCAAUUCGCGUGGCUGCCGUGGAAGCUUAUCGUCGUUUACCGUGUACGGAAUCCCGCGACUACUUUGAAAGUUUAUUUAGGAAUCAAGACGAAAACGUUGAAGUGCGUAUCGCCUCGUAUCUCCAAAUAAUGCGGUGUCCUAAUUAUUUGAUGAUACGCACGGUUAAGCAUAGUUUGGAAAACGAAGACGUGAACCAAGUCGGUUCGUUUGUUUGGAGUCAUUUAAAUAAUUUGAUGAAAUCCUCCAUUCCCAGCAGAGUGGAAAUACAGGGUCUACUUUCCGAUCUAAAUUUGGUUAAGAAAUUCAGUAGUGAUGUGAGGAAAUUCUCGCAUCAUCGUGAAGGUUCCGUAUUUUUCGAGGAGUAUAAUGUUGGAGCUAAUUACGAUGGUAAUGUAAUUUUCUCCCCGUCUUCUUAUGUCCCCAAAACGGCGAUGCUGAAUUUGACGGUGGAUCUUUUCGGGCAGUCGAUAAAUUUAAUGGAGGUGUACGGACGACUUGAGGGUUUCGAGCAUUAUUUGGAGUCAAUGUUCGGACCUAAAGGACCAUUAAACUCUGAGAAACUGAAAGAGAAGAUCUCAAAAGUACGUUUCAGUAGAAGUGCGUCGGAAAAUGAAGUCUUGAAAUCCGAGAUCGAUAGAUUACCGAACGUUAUGGAAAACUCGUCGGGCGAACCGAAGGUGUCUUUAGGCCUUAAAGUUUUCGGCAACGAGUUGAAGUACGCCACGUUCGACGGAGACGAGGAGAUAAAGGCGGCCCUGCGAACCCUCAACCCUGUAGAUCACUUAAAGCGAAUUCUCUCUGGGAAAGAAAUCAAUUACAACAAAGCGGCAAUGUUUCUGGAUAGUAACUACGUUGUGCCUAGUGGGGCCGGAUUGCCCAUAUCCCUGAACGCCCUAGGGACGGCCUCGAUAAACCUGAAAUUAUUUGGUUCUUUGCAUGCUCCCAAUUUUAUCGAAACCAAAGAGUUAGACCUCAAAGUCGAUAUUAGGCCGAGUAUAUCUCUCGAUUUAACAGGUGUUAUGUCGGUAGACGCCUUUUACGCCACUACCGGCAUUAAACUGAAAUCAAGCAUGUACACUUCGAGCGCAAUCGAGGGCGAUAUAAAAAUACGGGGUUUUAAACUUGUCAACGUUAAAUUCAGCAUCCCACGUCAAACUUCCGAAAUAUUUGGAGCCAAAUACGAACUUAUAGUGAUGAAACGUAAUGUCGAACAAUUGCAGAGUGGUCUUUCGAAGCAUCGCGUUUCGAAAUCGAUCUGUUCAUGGCCAGCUGUAGACAAGACUGUCGGUCUUAAGCUCUGCGGAGAAUAUCAUUUUAUAAACGUGACUAAAAUAAAUAAAGCACCCUACUUUGUUUUAGCGGGUCCUUCUGGAUUUAGAUUGUUUCUUGAAAAAUCUGAUCCGACCGCUAAAAUUUAUUUAUUUGAAUACAAAUGGACCGACAAAAAAGAUUUAAGCGUUGUUUCCCUGACCUUCGAUACUCCGGGCUCUUCCGUGGGCCGACUUUUCUCCGCUAAUUUCACAGUCGACAGGCAAAGCCAAAAUCUUACUCUCUUCCUGCAAUCUACGGCUGGAACCGUGCUGGCGAGAGGCAAAUAUAAAAACACAGACAGCGAAAAGUAUCUCCAAUUGGUCCUCACCAUCAACGACAAAAAGCAUUUUGACUUGGAACUCUCCCUGAUUCGGCGAGACAGCAGGCACGGAUUUAUCUACCGCCCUAAAAUAUAUUUGGGCAUCAACGGCGAAAGGGUGCUCGAACUGCAAGGAACAUUAAAGUUGGUUAGUAAGAGGGGAACGUCGCAAUACGACGUAGACCUGAAAUUUCAAACCAAGCGUUUGUCCUCGAAGCUGUUUGGUUAUAUAUCAAAAACGGAAGCGUCGGUGGCUGCAAAUUUGAAGUUAGAUUACAAAUUCGCUAAGACAAAAGAACAGCGAGUUAUGUUUGCUUUCUCGUUGGCUGAUCGAUCCCCGAAAAACCUAGUCGAUAUUAGAGGGACUUGCAGCCUCUUUAGCACGUCUUAUCCGAACUUUAAUUUCGACGCAAACUUUAAACUUCAGAAAGGCGGCGGUCACGUCGAGUCGAAAUUUGACUUGACUUCGUGCCCAUUAGAGAAAAACCAUCCGGAGGCCGAGUUACAUAAAUUGAAGUUGGAGUGGUUGUUUUCUUAUAAAUCAUUACUUGACAGCACUCGAACUUUCAACACGAUUUUGUCCGUUAGCAAACAAUCAACCGGUUUAAACUUGAAAGGAGAGUUCACCGUCGAAGUAAAGAAUCCGAACGUCGACGUUCUCAUGGUCAUUAAAUAUGGGAACGAUAAGGAGGUUUCGGUGGCCGUGUUUUGGUCGCAUCCCCGAACGCAGUUGGAGCAUAUGGAAGGGCGAAUUAAUAUAACGGUUCCAUCAUUUACUCCGAUGAUCUUGGAGGGAAAGUUGCAGGAAAAAGUCGCUUCCCAGUAUAUUGUGGAUGUACGAGGAACGUGGUUCAGCGGCCACAACGCCUCGGCCAGUGGCAUCUACCAAGUUAAAACUACGCCCAAUUCGUCCAAUCGUCAAUUGAAACUGAUCCUCCGAUCUCCCGCUUUUAAAGAUAUAACCUUAAACCUGCAAUUCAACCGCGACAACGACAAACUUGAGAUCGAUUUUAAGGCAGAUCAUGACACAAAUAAUUACUGUCUCUACCUCAAACAUACCGUUGUCUCACCUCAAGAAACUACAACCCAGGUCGAACUGAAAUACAAAGCCCAGCGCUACUCAAUGCUGAGCUCUGUUUACUUUGGGGAUCAUCGGCGAGUUUCUCUUGAAUUCCACAUUGACCAGCUCCGAGACAUACAUUUUGCAGUUUGGGAACAUAAUAAGGAAACGUACAAAGCUGCUGGGCUCGAAUUGAAGUGGGACGCUAACCGCGACAACAACCAAAAACUUGUGGUUUCCGGUAACUUCACUAAGCUUGCGUCUUUCAAUUAUAAAGGAAAUCUUCUUAUAUCUUAUCCCGGGAGGACUAUCCUUGCUAAUUUUGAUUUCCUCCUCGAAAGUGGCCAUUUCAACACCCUCGUUCGAUUAUCCUGGGCCGAUCAACAGUCAUUUGCAGUUAAACUUCAGGUUGAUUACAAUACGGACCGCCAAACAUAUAUCGUGAUUAAUUCUCAGAUCGUUACCCCUUUUGACGGAUGGCAAAAAACCACGAUUAAUGGAGGCUAUCACCACAACCGCAACAUGUAUCGCAUUAACGGCAGUAUAUAUUGGAAACACGACGAGAACGUCACUUUAGAUUUAUUUGAGGAUUAUUCAAUAAGUGACGCGGCGUUUGAAUGCAAACUGAAAACUUCCCUAACAAGCACUCUUAAACACAUACCGACUCUCAGCGCCUACGUCAGUCACAACCAAGAUACCUCCAAACUGGACACCACCCUUAGACUAAUGUAUUCUCCAGAACACGUGAUCGAUAUCCAAAGUAACUGGAAAGUAGAAAAGAACCACAACUACACGAAUCUUCUAAUGGGUGCGGUAACUGCAACCACCCCGUUCGACGCCUGUCGCAGGAGUCAUCUCAUCAGUAAAAUGUAUUACACAAAAACUAAGCAUCUGAGAGGCGUCGCCACUCUCGACUUAGACCAUAAAAAGUUCACGGCGAGUUUCGAAGGUAAUCUGCGCAAAUUAACGAAUAGCAUGUUUGUGUGCAACGUGACGACGCCGAUCGAAAAAUACAAAACCAUGGUGGGUCGUUUUGGUCUUUCCGAAGAACGACGUCACUUGGUGGCCCAAAUCGCCUAUCCCUCGGGUACAUUAGGAGUGGAGAUUCUUUUAGAAAUGGAAGAUAUAACAAAUUUCGACGUCAAAUUGAGCCUGGGUACCCCGAUCUCGUUCUUGCGCGAAAUUUUCGUCGUGGGGAAACUGAAGCCGCACGAGGCUGAUUUCCGAGCACGUUGGAACUCGUUUAUGUUAGGAUUUACUGGUGUUUGGCGUUAUGUAAAUGUCAUAGACUUCGAAUACUCAUACAAGAUUUACACUCCCAUCGAAGGUUUUGAAGAAAACGGUAUCGUCUCUAAACUCAUAUUCAAAGAAGGCUUAGACUUUGAAGUUUCCAUCAAGCUAUCCCAGUAUAAGUUAGGAGUGGCUGUUCUCUGCAUACCUAAACCGAAAUUGCUGAAAGAGAUGGGAAUCAGGACGCACGAUAUUUAUGGAAGAAUGUUAGAAGGUCGUAGCUGGUCAGAACACAAAAAUGAAGAAGAUCAGGAAGAGGACGAGGAGGAGGAGGAUAGUCUUAAUUGGACUGGUAGCAUCAAAAUCGAUGCCAUUAUUUAUCCGACCAUGGAAGGAACGCUGGAUAUUGAUCAAGAAGGACCAGUGUACAUUCUGGAUGCCACAUUAUCCCUCCCAGCUGGUAACGCUACAGUCAACGACGUGUUUGAAUUUAUUGACGUAAUGACAAUGAAAAAUGAUCUCAGAAUAACAACACCGUACGAUACUUUCAAAUUCAUUACGUCCUCUUACAAUCUCCAGAUAAUUCCGGGACAUAAAUACGACUUGGGUCUAGGUCUGGAUUAUCAAAACCGCACUCGUUGGAUUAGAACCGGUGUCUUAGCAUCGUACGCCAUUAACGUGGGAGAAGCCGAAGAAGAAAGAUAUAAUACAACUCUCCAAAUAUACACUCCUCUGGAAAACCUUCCUCAGCUGUUAGUCCGGGCCACUCACGAGACAGAGACUAACAUAUACCGGACCAAUUUAUCAGUGACUACAAAUAGCAGCGAUAUAUCAGUGACUACCAAAGCAGAGGUGUUUAAUGGCUUAUUCAAUGCAGCCGUUUCGCUCGAGGCCAUAACUCCGACGUUCGAAAUCCCGCCGACGGAUAUAGUUUUUACGAAGAAGACGGUACAAGACGACCACUCGAUCGAAACGAGAAUUAAAAUCGAGAGAGUUCUCAAAAACGAGGUCUGUUUUAAAGCGAACUGGAUGUACAAGUCCUUAAACCAUUUCUACGCAAUAACCGCUCUGGAAACGCCCUAUCAAGGAAUGGAAAAUUCGCAAACCGGAAUAAAGGUUCAUGUAACCGAGAAAGAAAUGGAUAGUUGGUCAUUGGUAAAAGUGCACCCGUUGGAGAUCGAAGUGAAUUCGACGUUCAGGACGAACGUUUUCCGAGCAACGUCGAAUAUUAAUUUCAACGGGAAAAAGUUUCCGAUAACGUUGUCGGCUCACGUUUCGCAAAGUUCGCCGAAAUCGAAGAGUAUUUAUGGAAAUUUGUAUUUGAAAAAUAAGGAAUUUAGAAUUAACGGUCAUGCGAAUAUGUUAGGAAAAGUCCCCGUAGACGCCCAAAUCAAGUUGACUCCCCAAGAUGGUAGCGAUCCGCUGAAUUUCGAAUACAAAUUGGAGGGCAAAGAGGAUGGGAGUUAUAUAUUGACUGGUAGUGCGCAACAUUCAGACAAAUUCACUAGAUUUGAGGCGAAUCUUAUGACAAGGCAUAAAUUAAACUGGCAGCUAGAUUUACAAGUAGACACAUCCCAUCAGGUGUAUAACAAGUUCGCGGUGCAAGCGAAUGCAACAUCGACCCGAGCUGGUACUAGCAUUUCAAUAGCAGCUCGAACUCCCAUUCCGAAGCUCGAGAAUCCAAAGUUAGGGGCUUCUGUUGUGGCUUCCGGUCAGCAGCGUAACGGACGAGCGUAUUUCGAAGUGGCGGAAUCCAAGGGAGAUAUUCAGGUUGACUGGGUUUUGUUAUUUUUGGAAAAUAUGUGUGUGAAAGCUGUGGGAAAUUAUCAAAAUCGACAAUAUAAAAGUCAGUCUCGAGUGGAAGGGUUUUACAUUAAUCCGAAUCAGUCGUUUGAAUUUAUUAAAGCAGGAGGGGAUGUAAAUGUGGACACGUUGUGGUCAGCUGGUUCUAAUGUAACCUUAUCUCUGCCGAAUUACCAGAACAUGAAUUUGGAAGCUCAUGUGAAGCCCCCUUCACCCAUUAAAGAAGUUUAUAGUUUGGCAGGCAAGUUGCGUUACGAUAAGGAUUUGAGAACCGUUGAAUAUUUAGGUAAAUAUAGUACAGCCAAUUCAAAGAAGACGUACGGAUCUUGGGGAAACGUCUCGUUAGCUGAUAAGACACGCAUGGGAGGAAAUGUAGAAUUGGAGUGGAAUAACAAACGUAUUAACAAUUACCUGGACUUGUGGAGGUCUCAAAAUACUUGGAACGUUGUAUACAAACUCCGGACUCCCAAGUUUGACGAUAAAGAGACUCUUGUUACAGAAAUGAGCUAUAGAAGCUCCGAUGCAUACCAUAACAUCACGUGCGAAGCGUUUUACCCCGAAAAUCGCUCAUUUGCAUUCGCUCGAGUCGAUUACAAGGGACUAGACAAUAUGAACGGAACGUUAAAUGUGACGAUUCCGUUCAGAAACGUUAGUUACGUUGGAGCCCGUUUUAACACAAAAACUAAUGCACGUUUGUAUAAUCGACAUUUAGAAGUAUCCUGGCCUAAUGAUAACGCAAUUUUGGACUGUCAGUGUGUUAGGGAAACUCAGCGUUCGGUGUUGAAAAGUAAUACAACAGGUGUACUGGUAAUUGAAGUGCCGCUGACGACUAGGCACAUAGCCAACAUUCAAUUUAACUACGAGGAAAGGCCUCGACUGAGCACGGGCCAUGCUACGGUCGACUAUAACGGAAACAAAGUCCUGGAAGGCAAGUAUAAUUGCCAGUCGGAGUCACGGGCGGGCUUCGAUAAGGAUAGGAUCCACGUGGAGGUGCAGAACAAGUUGGUCCCCGUCGGGGCAGACUAUGUUCACGGAUACGAAUACGGGGCGCCGAGGGACGGCUCCAACGCUCCGACUGUGGAUACAAAACAUUUACAUCUUUAUCACUUAAAAAAUCUGACAAAAUUCAACAUAACCGGCGAAAUGAGCGUGCGAACGAGUUCAACUGGCCGACAGAUAGCAUUUUCAGCUACCCAUUCAAACCGAACAGUUAAGUUGUGGACGGGCUAUCACGUGUUAGAGCAACAAUUCAAGCAGCACUCGCGUCUCGAAUUGAGUCCUUCUACUUGGAUUGAAUACCAUCUCGAUCUGUUCAACAGAACUGUGAGCGAAGCGUUCGAAUCUCAGCAAGUACAGAUAGACGUUGCCUAUCCUCGCAGGAACUUCACGGCAAAGGGUGUCUAUAACAUAAGUGACUUGUCAAUGUCUACCGAUGUGUCUCUUACUUGGGACAAGGAUAAGAAAACGUUGCAAGCGGGACUUGAUUGGAAACGUGCUGCUUUGCAUCGCGACGAAAUUCUACUCGAAAUCAAACACCCCUCGUUUCAAAAGGACGUCACCUUUUUUGGAGAGUACGAAUCCGACGACAAAAAACUAUUGGACACCCAAUUAACUGUUGAUUAUUCGGUAAAUCCUUCACAAAGGCUAGUAGUCGGAGCCAGGGUUGACGAUAGCUCUCGACCGUCCACUAUAUACAACUAUACUUACAAAGUCUGGGCGCUGCAUGACGCUACUAACCUUAAUUUAAAUACACAUGGAGGUUUUUACUGGAAUCCCUACGGGUACAGCACUGGUCAUUAUACCGACUACAAGCGAUCCUAUCUGCCUUUACAAACAGCGGAAGCAUUGGCUCGUGUAGAUUUAACCCGAAACGAAUUAGAACUAAAGAAAAAAGCGGGCCAGGAAUUGUCGUAUCUGUGGACAAGGUACGGGGGAGCGUUCCCUACUUACACGGCAAACAUAUCAGCAAGCCACGAGAUGAACAAUGCCUCAGGAGAGUUUUACCUCAAUUUCGAAGAAAAGUUGGUUCAACUCGACUUUAACAUGACUACAGAUGGUAGUCAGAGCCUUCAUGUGUACGGUGUGAUUCCCGACGCUAGAAGCGCCAUGUUUGAUAUCUGGCGUGAUUACGAGGACAUUAGGGUCUCGGACGUUGCGUAUUAUCUACGUUUGAAUCAUUCCAGACUUAUCAUGUCGAGUUUGCUGUGGAGGCCGGACCUGAAACAGGAUAUACAGAACGGUAUACGAUCUGCUGUUAAGCAAUUAUACAGCGACGUGUUGGAGGGAAUUAAUAAUACCAAACAAUACGUCAGAGCUGAAACUACUGACGCGCUCCGAGGCAUAUGGGACGACGCGAAACCUUCGAUAGAUCUGUUUUUGCAGGACUUGAAACAUUUGAGAGUGAUCGAACAGGAUUUUGAAGAGUUUAAAACGUUCUUAAACCGCUCCUACUACGCCAACGAAUUUUACAUUCGAGACAUAGUCAAUAUUUCUAUGCUCAUGUUCGACGAAUUAGCGCUCAAAUCUCACUUCGAAUCUCUACCGGCGAUAGUGUCGGAAGUCUGGCAAAUCAUGGGAUCGUCGGGGUCCAAAAUCAAGACGAGCAUACUCUGGGUAAUCGAAAAGAUUAAAACGUACUACAAAAAUACGGUGGAUUUCAUUCACGGUUUAGUGGACGGUGACCCGAUAGAGCACCUAUCUGACGCUUUUAAAAAUAUUGUGGAACAAUACGACGCUUUCAUUAAAGAUUUACACGUUGCUUUUAUUCAAUACAUGGAACGAUUAUGGGCUCAAACAUACGCUUUGAUCGUCAGCAACUGGUAUAAAACACUAGCAGCAGUCGAGCCGACCUUUAUAAAACUCGUCCACUAUUUGGAAUCGAUUGUGUGGAACACUGGUCGCGAUUUUUUGGAUUUCUUGUACAUCCGGAAGAGCGAAAUAAUAGAAUCUCCUUAUUUCGCAAAAUUCACGAACUUCACCCACGAUAUGGAUAAAUUCUAUAAAGACAUCACCGGAAAUAACACAAUAGCCAGUAUCGUCAAGUACACGAAGAUAGCUUGGAACUUUUUGAAAGAAAAGUAUUUGAAUACGGUGCCUUUUGGCAAGGAGUUGCAAGAGGUGGUUCUAGAAAUCGUCGCCGAAAUAAACGAACUGCGAAAUUUGCCUUCGUUCCAAUACUUAGAAAUGAAAUAUGAUGAGCUGUAUGCUAAUGCGAAAUGGCUGUCCGAUUAUUUCGACAUGGAAGUUAGAUUGCAACGCUUCAUGGCCCUCUUACGACAGAAACUGAUGGAUAUGUCGCAGACGGCACUAGAAGCCGAAAACAGGUACCGCGUGGCGAAAACGAAAUUUAUUUUCGAACCAUCCGACGGAAUCAUGUUGCUCGAACAAAAAUUGCCCAUGUCGUGGCAUGCUUUCAACGAAACUCCUAAAUUUCAAGAAAUCCCCGAAUUUCAGACUGUUUAUACCAUCCAGAAAUAUCUGACGAGCGCUCGCAUCUCUUUCUGGGACUUUUAUUACGAUUACAAGCCUUACACCGAACUUUCAGGUUGGCUACCGCCCUUUAAAGCGCAAGCGUUGUUGGUCGGAUCAAGAUAUUAUGUGACUUUCGAUAGGAGAUAUUACGAUUUCCGCGGAAGCUGCUCGUAUCUUUUAGCGACAGAUUAUGUCGAUCGCAAUUUCUCGGUCGUUGUUUCGUACGAUAACAACGCUAAAACACACGAACUGUUACUUCUGAUCAAUAACACCGUUGUCCAUGUUAACGUUUUCGCAAAUACUGUCAAAGUUGGCGAUAAUGGAAUAAGCUUGCCGGCACAAAUUGACGACACAUUUCUGUACCUCGAGAACGACAUCUUCACGGCAGUGAGCCAAACUGGUUUUACUCUUGAAUGUAACAUGAAAUUCGAUCUUUGCGUAUUCGAGGUGGCGGGAUGGUACUUUGGGAAGACGGCGGGUCUCUGGGGUACUAUAAACAACGAACCGUCCGAUGAUUUCUUGACUUCGCAAAAAGUAAAAGCUAAACCGACCGAUUUACGUUUGUUUACUGACAGCUGGGCUCUUAAUAACUGCACGAGCAACUUGAAUAACCAUGUCGGGACUAGACCGAACCGUCGCAUAGAAAGCUUGUGCAAAGAGUUCUUCCUUAGUAAACUGUCGUCGUUGACUACGUGCUUCGCGAAAGUCCCCAAAGAUCCCUUCUUGAAGAUGUGUCUUAAUUACACCACCGAGAAAGAAGCGUGUUCGGCGGCGCUGGCUUAUAUUAGCGUAUGUUCUUAUUCCAACACGCCUCUUCGGAUACCUGACGUCUGCGUGAAAUGCUCUGCCCCGAAUGGAACCCUUUUAGACGAAGGUGAGUUUAUCCAGCUGAAUCCUCCCGAUCUGCCGCAAAGUGCCGAUGUUGUCUUCAUCGUCGAAGCCAAAGCUUGCAAUAAGGAUUUAAGAGCGAGAAAAAAUAUGGACUCGGUUAUUGAAGCGCUACACAAGGAGCUAACCGAACAACGUUUGAAGAACAACCGAUACUCGGUUGUGUUGUUCGGCGGCAACGGCGUCUAUGACGAACCUCGAAGUCUGGUGGUCCAUAACCGAGUCUUCGCGGACUGGCAACAAAUAGUGCCCUAUUUCGACUCAAUCCCGGCCGGUGACGGAAAUUCGGAUAUUUUCGGAGCCAUAACGUUCGCGAUGGAAUUGUUGUUUAGGCCCGGCGUAUCAAAGAACUUCGUCCUGAUCCCAUGCUCGGAAUGCAAAGACUAUAAUAUGAAGCUCGACUAUGCCAUCGUACACCAGUUGCUGUUAGAGAGCGACGUCACUCUGCACAUAUUAAUGAACGAAGAAUUUUCACUACCGAAGAUGCGGGAUAACAAAAUUCCUUUCGGGAUCGGCGCGACGACUGCAUAUACGAAAAAGGAUAUUCGCGGUCUUAUAGGCGACGCGGCUUUACGGAAGCAAGUCAGCCUUCCGAAAUCUACUCUGGGCUAUUGCGCGCCUCUGGCGUUAGAAACUAAUGGGACCAUUUUCUGUGGCAAAAACUUGGAGUCGGACAAGAAAGGCAACGUCAAGAAAUUCGCGACCGUGUUUGCGAAGCGAGUCGCCGCCUCGGCGAGACCCACUAGGUGCGUCGAGUGCGAAUGCUCAGCUUUCGAUAACGGGGUGUCUUCGAUGGACUGCUACUCGUGCACUUACCCGACCAGGAGCAACAUCGAUUACAUGUUCGAUGAAGAUCUAGCGCUUAUGACGAUGCAACCGGGCGACGAUUUGCCGUCGAUGGAAGCGCGAUGAUCGAAACCCCGAGAUUUCUGUCUGCGAGCUUACUUAUUUAUAUGUAUGACGUAAACAUAUUUAUAGUUUUUCAGCAAAAUUUGUUACAGUGUAAAUAGUAAUAAAAACGAUCUUAAAUCGA